UAUGGCAUUUCAUUGAAUGGCAAAAUAGCACUAUGUCGUUAUGGUGGCUUAUUUCGCGGUGACAAGGUGCAGCUUGCUGUGAAACGAGGAGCCAUUGGGAUGGUUUUGUACAGCGACCCUUUCGAUUAUGCAAAUGGACGAAUGGAUGGAAAGGUUUUUCCACAUGAAGUUUGGCUACCUGCUUCGGGUGCACAACGCGGUACGUUGCUAAUGAACGACGGUGAUCCAGAAACACCAUUUUUGCCCUCACGAUACUACACAUAUCGUGCAGAAACGGAAGAAAAUUUACGUGAUCGGCAAAUAAUGCCUUCAAUUCCAGUUACGCCUAUCGGUUACAGGGAUGCGAUCAAAAUCAUGCAAAAUUUCAAUGGUCUAAAAAUUAAGCUGCAUGACUGGCUUGGUGCAAUGAAUGUGACGUAUCGUUUCAACGGGUCAGCGAUAUUUCGUCUAACGGUACAUUCGACUUGCAGCCGUAGGAUCGUAACGAACAUUAUCGCUACAACGAUUGGCCGGAAUGAGCCUGAUCGUUAUGUUUUGUUCAGUAAUCAUUACGAUGCUUGGGUUAAGGUAAAAUUUCAAUUUUAUUAG